AUGACUCUCUUACCGGGAGACAACUCUGAUUACGACUACAGCGCCCUGAGCUGCACCUCGGACGCCUCCUCCCACCCAGCCUUCUUGCCGCAGACCCAGCCACUCAAGGGCGUCUUCUACCGCCGGGCGCAGCAGCUCGGGCCCCAGGACGCGCCCCAGCAGGGAGGCCUGCCCGAGGACCGCCGGCGGCGGAUCAUCAUCAACGUGGGCGGCAUCAAGUACUCACUGCCCUGGACCACCCUGGAGGAGUUCCCGAUGACGCGGCUGGGCCAGCUCAAGGCCUGCACCAACUUCGACGACAUCCUCAACGUGUGCGACGACUACGACGUCACCUGCAACGAGUUCUUCUUCGACCGCAACCCGGGGGCCUUCGGCACCAUCCUGACCUUCCUGCGGGCGGGCAAGCUGCGGCUGCUGCGCGAGAUGUGCGCCCUGUCCUUCCAGGAGGAGCUGCUGUACUGGGGCAUCGCGGACGACCACCUGGACGGCUGCUGCAAGCGCCGCUACCUGCAGAAGAUGGAGGAGUUCGCCGAGAUGGCCGAGCGGGAGGAGGACGAAGACCUGCUGGACAGCGACAGCCAGGACAGCGAAGGCCCUGGCGAGGGCGAGGGCCGCCUGGGCCACUGCAUGCGGAGGCUGCGCGACAUGGUGGAGAGGCCGCACUCGGGGCUGCCAGGCAAGGUGUUUGCCUGCCUGUCCGUGCUCUUUGUCACCAUCACCGCCGUCAACCUCUCUAUCAGCACCUUACCCAGCUUGAGGGAAGAGGAGGAGCAGGGCCUGUGCUCCCAGAUGUGCCACAACGUCUUCAUUGUGGAGUCCGUGUGUGUGGGCUGGUUCUCCCUCGAGUUCCUCCUGCGGUUCAUCCAGGCGCCCAGCAAGUUCACCUUCCUGCGGAGCCCGCUGACCCUGAUCGACCUGGUGGCCAUCCUGCCCUACUACAUCACCCUGCUGGUGGACGGUGCUGCCGCCGGCCGCCGCAAGCCGGGCUCGGGCAACAGCUACCUGGACAAGGUGGGGCUGGUGCUGCGGGUCCUGCGGGCGCUGCGCAUCCUGUACGUCAUGCGCCUGGCCCGCCACUCCCUGGGGCUGCAGACACUGGGGCUCACCGCCCGCCGCUGCACCCGCGAGUUCGGGCUCCUGCUGCUCUUCCUCUGCGUGGCCAUUGCCCUCUUUGCCCCCCUCCUUUAUGUCAUCGAGAACGAGAUGGCCGACAGCCCCGAGUUUACCAGCAUCCCUGCCUGCUACUGGUGGGCUGUCAUCACCAUGACAACUGUGGGCUAUGGAGACAUGGUGCCCAGGAGCACGCCUGGCCAGGUGGUGGCGCUCAGCAGCAUCCUCAGUGGCAUCCUGCUCAUGGCCUUCCCGGUGACCUCCAUCUUCCACACCUUCUCCCGCUCCUACCUGGAGCUCAAGCAGGAGCAGGAGAGACUGAUGUUCCGGAGAGCCCAGUUCCUCAUCAAAACCAAGUCGCAGCUGAGCGGCAUGUCCCAGGACAGCGACAUCCUGUUUGGAAGUGCCUCCUCGGACACCAGAGACAAGAACUGA